GAACCAUGGAGAACUACCAGAAGUCCAAAACCGUGGAGAAGCCCGCCCCCCUCCCGUUCAGCAACCUGCCUGCCGACAUCAUCGAGAUGAAAGUGAAGGACGGCAGCAAAAUCCGGAACUUGAUGGGCUACGCCAUCGCCAAGAUGGAGAUGGAGCCGGUGAGGCAGGUCCUCUUCAGCGGCGCCGGCAAAGCGAUCAGCAAGACCAUCACCUGCGUGGAGAUCAUGAAGCGGCGCCUGAAGAGCCUCCACCAGAUCACGAAGGUCUUCUUCCGGCAGACGGAGGAGAUCUGGGAGCCCAUCGUGCCCGAGGUGGGCCUCGAUCCCCUGACCGUCAAGCGGAAUGUCCCCGCCAUCUGCAUCUUGCUGAGCAAAGACCCUCUGGACACUCAGGAGCCGGGAUAUCAGGCGCCCGGGUCCUUCGACGCCUUCUGGGCGGAGACGCUGAAGCCGGAGCCGCAGGGCCAGGCGAAGAGGAAGCAGGGGGGAGGCAGAGGGGCGGGGCGUGCCGGGAAGCAGUUUCGCUCCGGCGGGCGGGAGGAGGCCUACAAAAAACCCUGACGGUCGGGACGGCCGGCAGAGCCAAAGCGCCACGGCUGGGCUCCGGAUUUAAAACCACACGCGUCAGAAGACGACCGGCUAAGGCCCGAGGAAAGUCACGUCAGUCCAGACGCGGGAGGCAUUUCCAGCUCAGCCGACUGAGGCUUUCGAGUCUUGUCUCGUGGGCUUUUCUCCUUUGGAACGGUCUCGCGCUGGAAACACUCGUGACAGAUUUUGUGUCCGGUGUGUUCUGGACCGGUGUGCUUGAAUGCCAAUUCACGAACACACAGUGGAUCUUCCUUAGAGGGAAGGAUGACAGGUUGGGACUUUCAUAUCCGUCCUGCUAAAGGCAGUGCAAGGAACCCAGCCCGGAGCAGGAGCGUGAUUUGUGGGACAGAUCCGCAGGAUCCAGCGGAAUAAAAGCAGAGACGUGCAGAGUUCUACAACAGAAAGCUUACGUUUCUGCAGCUCCCUCUCCCCCCGCUGUUAAGAGGGUAGCUCUUGAGACGACUGGGUUUUUCUUGACCAAGUGGGUGUCUCGCAUUUUGCUGUGUCUAAAUCCCGUUAAUACGAAGCAGCUCUAGGCAGAUGUGAAUGGUGACUAGACGCUGUUGAUGGGCUCUUUAGAUCCUGAGGUCUGAAAGACUCCUAACAUCUCUUGCUUUCAACUAAGACUCAACCGCCUUUUCUGAAGAUUUGGCAAAAAGGAUCCGCAGGGAGUUGAGUGCGAAAAUGCAAGGUGGCCAACUGGAUGGGCUUCCUGUUGCACAAAUGGUUGUGGCCACGUGUGUGCGUGCGGGGAAAACCUCAGAGAGUUUAAGAACGGGCUUGGAACGCUUGUGUGUUAAAGCUAUGUUUUGGUUAAUAAAGCCAGUUCC